AUGGUUUGCUUCAAUUACCUCCUUCAGGCCCUGGUAGCCAUAACCCUUCCAGCAGGGAUCCUUAGCUGGGGGGUUCUACCAUUUCAAUCGUACCAACACCAGCAACAGCCAGUCCCACAAUCCCAAACUCCCCUAGAAGCUCCCGGGUGCGAUGGUUCUGGCAUUGUCGACCCCGGUGGCCGAUGUAAUGGCGACGGUCUUGUCGACAGUCCCCCAGACCACCGCGACAGAGAAGGAUUCAAGUUCGAGAACCCGUCGACGGACUGCAAAUACGUCUCGCAGAUGCACAUUUGGGACUCGUUCAAAGAUCUCGAAAAGGAUAUGAACAAACUCUUCACCCUCAUCCACAAGAACGUGAGUUUCACAGUGGUCGGACACCAUCCCAUCGCUGGUCACUACAACGAUCUGCUGCAUUUCUAUGUCAAUGCCCUGCGACGAGUCAGUGUGCUGUUCCUCGACCAUGCAGACAAAUUCGAGAUCCACCCUCAAGCGAUCCAUGGAGGCUGUAAUGAGCGAUGGUCUGUUCAGGAGGUCAAUUUCAGGGGGGUAAUGAAUUCAGGUGAGUUCACAGCUGUCAUUUCAGUGAACAGUGCUGAUAUGAGAAAAUACGCAGGAGAUGACUUCGACAUUGUCAACGUCUGGGUAACUCGAUGGGAUCAGGGGCAGAUGGUGGAAAUCCGCACAUAUAUCGACUCUGCCCGCAUCAUGGAAGCACUCCACAAGAACGAGAUCUGGUGGAAUGGAACCACCUUCCGAGAUAAUAUCCACUACAUGCCUGGUCCUGCAGGCAUGCCCGACCUGAAGAAACUAGAGGAUCUCAUGGGCUAUCCAGACGGACGAAAGUAUGAGGAUUGA